UGUAAAUCUGCUCUGCCAGUUUAAAGACUGAGGGUGAUUUGUACUCUUCACUGUGUGUAAUAAUCUCUGCUCUAAAUUAUACUGAACAGGCUGUUGAGAGAUAGGCUAUUCUUAUCAAGCUUACACUCUCUGAAAGUUAACUACUUGAAUUAUUACAUAGGCUAUUCAUUGGUUUAAACUGUAUUGAAGUGUAGUCCUGUAUUUUAUUUCGUGGUUAAGAGUCACACUGUCUUUGUCAAUCUCUUCAUUAUUAUGUUUAAUAGUUUACAAAUAAGUGUGCAAAAUGAACAUGUUUUUCAAAACAUUCAAUUUGCACACCCAUAUGUUAACUUAUCCGUUUAACAAGGUUUGUUUCAUAGUGUUUUACAGUAAAUACUACAUGUACUUGGAAAUUCCUGGCAGUUCAGUGUGUCACUUGUAAUUAUAUCAGCUAUGCUGAUAAGGGCUUCUUAGCUGUGAUGUUUGUCUUGUCAACAAUAUGUCUCCAGUACUUCUGGUCAUGUUUUCAAGAAAUUAUGCUUCUUUUAACUCCACAACUUGCCUAACAAUCGUCAAAGUUUUUAAAUUGUAUUCAAAGUACUCCAGCGAUAGUUACCUGUGCAACAAUGAGUUAAUUUAAAUCCCACUAGUUAGUAAUUAUAGUGUCAGACCUUCUUCCACUUUCUUCCACCUAGGAGAAUCAAAAUGAGCAUUCAGGGACAGGAACAGGUGGAGAAGAAAUACGACCCCCUAGAUACGACCCUGAAGUUUGUCAAAGGGAGGGACGACUUGGAUCCAGUGUCCACAGACGACGGCAGUCUCAGAGCAGAGAUGUCCUGCGGCCACGCUGUCACUCCUGACUCUCUAACACUGUGGUGUCGCAGCCAACUGGAUGAGGGUCAUUUUAAAUUCAGAUGCCCUGCACUGGUGGAGGAUACCAAACAGUGCAAUAAACUGUGGUCGUACAGAGAGGUGCGCAGACUGGCUGAUUUGUCUGUAGAGGAAAUGCAUCACUUUGAAGAGACCAUUGCCCGCCUGGCUGCUGCAGAAUACUGUGAAUUUCAGCCAUGUCCACAGUGCAAAACAAGUGUGGAGAGGAAGGAUCUCUCCAACCUGUGUGUCCAGUGCACCAUAUGCACAGCUGAUCAGAAGAAGGCCUACCAGUUCUGCUGGCAGUGUCAGAAGGAAUGGAAAGGUCAAGGCCCUCGAUCUGACCGCUGCGACAAUGACGGCUGCUGCAACAGGGACCUGCAAAUUCUGCACACAUGUAAGACCAUCAGUUUGCCCGAGGUGAAGGGGGUCACCGACUGCCCCUCUGUCCGAGCCUGUCCUACAUGCGGCAUGAAGGUGGAGCAUAGUCAACAAUACUGCAAAAAUAUCAACUGCCCUCGCUGCCACGUGGAGUUUUGUUUUGUCUGCCUGAAAGCAAAGCGUGAAUGUUCCACGACCAGUUCACCAUAUGAAAUCUGUCCUAGUGGUGUGGCUCCUAGACAGACCUCUAUACCUGUGUGGCAGAGAAAAUGAAAAAAUAAGACUUUUAUUAUUAAAGACUAAAGGUAUUCGUAUUAUAGUACCCUGUAAACUCUUAGCAAUUGUUGAUGUGUGACAAACACACAUGCUGUAACUCCAUCUGAGAUAUAACAUCUUUUUUACUUGUGGCCCUACUCUGCCUCCUUCUGGCUGGACUUUAAGUUGCACAUGACACCGUCUGAUUACUGUGAAUGACUAUCACUCUGUACUAAGCUGCUUAUAAUGUUAGAUAAAUUCGAUGUCUACAAAAUUAAUCUUCUCGAAGAAAGUUGAUUUAGAUUUUGACUUCUGAAAAUGUCAUUCAAUAGAUACACACUUUUGUAUAAUGGCUUUUUAUUUAGGGGGGUGGUGGGGGUGGGUGGUGGUUAGGGUUAGGAAAUUUACCUGGCAAAAUGCAAGAAGAAAGAAGAAAAUGUGACAAAUAGCUAUUAUCAAAAAUAAAAUUAAUGUUUGUUAGUUUCUAUUUUAAGGGUAUACACAUUCGUAAAUUGGUAAAUAUAGGCUACAUAGAUAUAAACACUCUUCUGUCAUCGCCCCCGAUUCAAAACAAACAGUUAUCCUCAGUAAUCUGUGGUCUCUGUUAUCUAUCGACUCAUCGUCUUUUACAGAUUCCCUGUAAAAGAUAGAAAUUUCUAUCACAUUUCAUAUUUCUUCACCUGUAAGUUGCAGUACAGGGUUUGUACUCGUCUCAGAGACUUGAGGGCUGACCUUAUCUAAAAUCCACUCCAGGCAUUCAGCAGCAUCACACUGUUAAUAAACUGCAGAACCAUACAUCCAGUUUACUAAUUCCACCAAUCUACCAACUGCUCUUUACUUUUUGAUGAUCUUCUGUUAAUUACUGUCGAUUUUACCAUUUUUAAUCCGAGAUGUUUCUGUUCCACAUGUUGUUUUCUUCAAGUCUUCAAAUGUUUCUUAGCUGCAGAUUGAUUUGUAAUUCGGGCUACAUUUUCACCUCACCUACUAAAAAUAAGUGAAAUCCUCUUCCAUGUCUGCCUUUGUCUUCUCAUCUUGAAGAGGAACACGCUCUUCCAUCACAGAAGUUUCUUCUAACUUGUUCAUGUUUUCGUGUGUGAUGCUGAAAUGGAUAGUGUCUUGAUUACAGUUGUCUUUGCAUCUCUGCUUAUUAUUUCACACAGUUACACAGAUUUUGUCUGUUCAGUUUUAAAUGAUGUGUCCUGUUCCUUUUACUGAUAUGCUGUCGUUACAGUGUUAUCUAUUUUAUCCUCAAUACACAUUUUAUGACUCUAAA